CCGGCCAGACAGCGGGAGAUGACACCUGAAAAUGCCGAAGAACUCCAGCUCGACGCUACUCAGGUGAAGAUGGCAGAUUUGGCCAAAGAUAUGCACAUAGGCAAGAAGUUCAGCUUGCACGAAGAGUUGAUGGAGCGGGAACGGACCAAACGUCAGAAAGAGUACGAGAGGAGAAGGCAGCGGAAGAACGGUGCUUCUAGCGACGGA